AUGUUUCAUCUGCUUAAGAAUUUUGACUGCACCAUCGAGUAUCAUCUUGGUAAGGCCAAUGUGGUGGCCGAUGAGUUGAGUCGUAGAGCCAUAACUGAUCUGAGAGUAAUGUUCGCUCGACUUAGUCUUUUCGAUAAUGAGAAUCUAUUGGUUGAGAGUGGUGUUACUACUGAUUUUGGGAUUAACAGUGAUGGGGUAUUAUGUUUCUAUAGUCGGAUUUGUGUGCCAAAAGAUGGGGAUUUAAGGCAGUCGAUUCUGAGGGAGCAAGUUAAGGCUAAGCAUCAGUUACUUUCGGGUUUGCUACAGCCGAUAAAGAUAUCGUUAUGGAAACAAUGGACUUCGUUAGUGGUGAGGCUACAUGGGGUACCGACCUCAAUCAUCUCUGAUAGGGAUCCUCGUUUCAUGUCUCAGUUCUGUAAGAAGCUUCAUGAGGCUCUAGGUUCAAGAUUAGACUUCAGUACUGCUUUCCAUGCUCAGACAAAUGGUCAAUUGGAUAGGUUGGAGCUACCUUCAGAGUUAGAUCGCAUACAUGAUGUGCUUCACGUCUCAAUGUUGAGACGCUAUUACACUGAUCCCACGCACAUUGUUUUUGUGGAGGAGAUUGAGGUUAGGCCAGAUCUAACAUUUGAGGAGGAGCCGAUUUAG